AUGGGAGAGUCUGCCGCCGCCCCUGCAGAUGGCGAGGCCUCUGACAGCACGGCGGCGGAUGGACGCAAGGUCGUCAACGUGGCCACCGACGGCGACAUUGUGCUAGACGUGACCUUUGAAACGUCGCCCGAGACGCUCAAGAAGCACCGGCGAGCCGAAGCGGCCGCACUACGCAAGACGAGGACGCCCAACCGGUCAGCCCCCGAGCGCGGUAGCACGCGCGUGCGGGUUGCGUUCCGGCUGAGCCUCGAGGUGCUGAAACGCAGCUCAAAGUACUUUGCCCAUCUGCUGUCCAAUCCGCAGUUUCGCGAGGCCGACGCUGUGUCCGAAGCCCACGCCAAGCUGCACGCCAUGAAGAUUGCGCCCAAGGCGGCAGACGUGGAUGACCUCCCGUGGGUCACCGUCGCCGACGACGACGACGCUACCAAGGCGGCGAGCCGCGAGGUUGCUUUUGAGGAUAUGAUGCGGAUCCUGCACGGGAAGCCGGUCAGAGAGAGCCGGGUGACGAUAGCGUACGCCACCACCUUGGCCAUCAUCGCUGACCGGUUUGACUGCGUGGCAGUCGUAGCGCGGGCGCUGAACACGGAUCUCAAGUUUAAGUGGCCGUUGACGAGUACGAAGCCGCUCGUGGAUGACGCGGGGAGGCCGACGGAUAUCGAACAAAUCCUGCGCCAGAAGGUACUAGUCUCGUGGUUGCUAGGACAGCCCAUGAGGUUGCAGCAGUCUUCGCGGGAGAUGAUCAUGCGCGGAUCUAGUCUCUGGAGCGUCUACCAUGAAGCAGACGCGGUGUCGACUGCUGCAUGGUGGAAUCUCCCGGACGGUAUAGAAGAUGAGCUCCGAUACCGUCGCGAGUGCAUACUCAACACUGUCGCCUCUGUACAGAAGCAUUUUCUCGAUCUGUAUUCGUCUCGCGAGAGACAAUGCAAGCUGGGCUACGACUCGAGCGCGGCGUGCGACUCGUUCCAGCUGGGACAAAUGAUUAAGUUUCUGGUGUCCAAGAAUCUCCUCUACAUGGUCGACUACAGCGCCUCGUCCAUCAAUGCCGUGCCCGAUGCGUCCUCUGUCAACAUCGAGGAGCUUCUCAGCACGCUGCGGCAGUAUCCCAGCUACCAGGUUGAUAAAAACCACACAAACUGCGGUCCGCGGGUGCGCAUCGGACCCAUUUUCGACUACUUCCAGUCGAUGCUGUCAGCGAGCGUCGUGUCCUUGUCGCAUGCCGACUGGAAAAAUCGGCGCGACAUGCAUUCUUGGGCGCCAGAACACGGUUCACCCACGGCAGACGAUGACGAUGGCGACAAUGCCAGAAUGACAUUUUUGUUUACCCGGUCCGUAGCGAAUGACCAGCGUCUGCGGUAUGAAGGCGCGUUGUACGUGGAUAAGAUGGCUAGGCAGCUGUUUACGGCGGACGCGUGGAACUGGACCCCGGAGGCGUGA